AUGCCUGCUGGACGACCCCAGGUCAACAUGGAGCCCUAUAAGGACCAAGUCAUUGUUCUCCUGACCCAAAAUACACCUAUUAAUGUCAUACUAGACAUGUUGCACCAAAAUCAUGGUCUCCAAAUCUCUCCCAGAACAUUCAAGCGCCGUACGCAGGCCUGGUGUAUCCAGCGACGAGCACCCACAGGCAUCACCAAUAACAGACCCUUACAAAUACGCGUCGAGACACUCAUCUGUGAGGGUAAUCUGUCUCCGAAAGAGAUACUCGAAGUUCUCGCCCGUGAUGGCACUCCUAUCUCCAAUGACUCACUUAAGCAAAUCCGUAGGCGGCUUGGUAUACGCCUUCGCAUUGAUGAUAAGGACGAGCAGCGUCAGCAGAAGGACGAGAUACUAGAGGUACUGGAGGAGGAACAAGGCUUUGGGCUUAUUGAAGGGUACGGACGGGGUCAUCUUUAUGCCCACUUACGCCGUCAUGGGCAUAUCUAUGCGAGAGACCGAAUCUUCGAUAUUUGGUGCUCUUUGCGCCCUGAUGCUCUUGAGCGUCGUUCGACCAAUCUCCAGAGGUCGCGUGGUGCCUAUCAAUGCCCUGGGCCAAACUUUGUAUGGCACAUUGAUGGAUAUAUGAAGCUAGAGCCUUGUGGGAUCGAGAUAUAUGCUGCGAUUGAUGGAUAUUCGCGUUAUGUUACCUGGUUCUAUGUUGGUAUAAGCACGCGAACUAGUUUCAGCGUUCUCCGUCAAUAUAUAGAUACAUUAUCGGCUACUGGCUUCCAACCGCGCACUAUCCGCUCCGACCUAGGCACUGAGACGAUGCUGAUCGCCGAUGCUCACUAUGCCUUACGGAAAGCCAUUGAUAUCGAUCCAAGGCUUCAGUUUUCUGACUGCUUUUGGUAUGGCCGUAGUGUCCAAAAUCAACGCAUCGAGUCCUGGUGGGGACAGCUUACAAGCUCUAUGAAUUUCGUGUGGCGUAAGCUCUUUAUUUGGCUACAGGACCAGGGCCACUUUCAGGCGACUAUCCCUGACCAGAUUGCUCUUCUUGCUGUAUAUAUACCUUCUAUUAAGGACACAUGCGCGGAAUUUGUACUGACAUGGAACUCCCAUCGUAUAAGGAAGCAGAAAGGACGCCCCUAUAGUGUUCCAGGCAAGCCAUGGAUGAACUACUACUAUCCAGGGCAGGAUACUGAUGGACAGGAUAUCAAGGAUUACCAGCACACGCUUGACCCUACUUUGCUUAGUGCUAUACGAUAUGACGUGGGUGGCUGGGAUGCUAACGAAUAUCUCCCCACGCAUACUAUGGAAUGGUGCCAUACUCAGCUGCUACAAAUGCAGUUUGACCCUGAAAGGCCACCAGCACGAGACGGCACCCGCCCAUAUGUGGAGAUCUACCUUCGGCUACGAGAGCGAGCCGUCUAUCAUACCCAAAUAGGUGCUAUUCCAAUCCUAUCACUGUGCGAGAAGCCCACUAUGUCUUCUGAUUGGGCAUAA